AUUGCGCCACUGCACUCUAGCCUCAGUGACAGAGGCUGUCUAAAAAAAAUAAAAAAUUGUUUGAGAGGAAAUACCCACAGUUUAGUCAGAAAUAAUUUGCAUCUGUACUAUCGUGGUUCAGACUUUUUGGAUAACUAUAAUUGCCAACUGUAUAACACUUGGAUGCCAUUAAAAACACUGUAUUUUGUUUGUGGAUAAAAUAGUGAGCUCUAUUUUAUAGAUGGUGUUUGUUCCCUAAAAGGCUAAAAUAAUCUAAAGACAAAUGGAACAAUCACUUGGAUUUGUUUUUUCAUUUUUAUUUCCUUGACAACACGUUUUCAACCAGGAUCCAUUUUGUUUGAAAGUUAACAUUGAGUUGUAUUGUCACUGUACCAAAUUUGGUUAUUGCUUUUGUCUGUAAUGAGGGCUAGAUUAGAUCCUAUCGAUUCUAGCUGCUUUUGGUGAAUAAAAGAUAAACAUUGUUGUUCAUUUCCUUUUUGGUACCAUAGGGGUGUGGUCAAGUUCCUAGAACCAGGUGGUUGGUUUUUACUUUUUGUUUCCUCUGUAAGUCCCCACCCCCAUCUCUGCUUUUUCUUUUGUACGUGUGGGGUGAGGGUGAAGUUAAAAUGUGAUUAGAAAGGACUCAUGGCUUGCAAAGGAAGAAUAUUGAUUUUUAGUGUAAUUUGUGUCCUGUCCAGAGGGUAGAAAUUGACUUUUGCUUCUGUUCAUACUUCAUAGCAGUUUGAUUUUGCUGAUUUUUAAAGGCCCGAUGAGAGAAAGGGAAAGUUAAGGAUGCUGGAGCAGAACAAUGGAUUUCUCUUUCUCUUUCAUGCAAGGGAUCAUGGGAAACACAAUUCAGCAACCACCUCAACUCAUUGACUCCGCCAACAUCCGUCAGGAGGAUGCCUUUGAUAACAACAGUGACAUUGCUGAAGAUGGUGGCCAGACACCAUAUGAAGCUACCUUGCAGCAAGGCUUUCAGUACCCAGCUACAACAGAAGAUCUUCCUCCACUCACAAAUGGCUAUCCAUCAUCAAUCAGCAUGUAUGAACCUCAAACCAAAUACCAGUCGUAUAAUCAGUAUCCUAAUGGGUCAGCCAAUGGCUUUGGUGCAGUUAGAAACUUUAGCCCCACUGACUAUUACCAUUCAGAAAUUCCAAACACAAGACCACAUGAAAUUCUGGAAAAACCUUCCCCUCCACAGCCACCACCUCCUCCUUCGGUACCACAAACUGUGAUUCCAAAGAAGACUGGCUCACCUGAAAUUAAACUAAAAAUAACCAAAACUAUCCAGAAUGGCAGGGAAUUGUUUGAGUCUUCCCUUUGUGGAGACCUUUUAAAUGAAGUACAGGCAAGUGAGCACAUGAAGUCAAAGCAUGAAAGCAGAAAAGAAAAGAGGAAAAAAAGCAACAAGCAUGACUCAUCGAGAUCUGAAGAGCGCAAGUCACACAAAAUCCCCAAAUUAGAACCAGAGGAACAAAAUAGACCAAAUGAGAGGGUUGACAGUGUAGCAGAAAAACCAAGGGAAGAUCCAGUACUAAAAGAGGAAACCCCGGUUCAGCCAAUACUAUCUUCUGUUCCAACAACAGAAGUGUCCACUGGUGUUAAGUUUCAGGUUGGUGAUCUUGUGUGGUCCAAGGUGGGAACCUAUCCUUGGUGGCCUUGUAUGGUUUCAAGUGAUCCCCAGCUUGAGGUUCAUACCAAAAUUAACACAAGAGGUGCACGAGAAUAUCAUGUCCAGUUUUUUAGCAACCAGCCAGAGAGGGCGUGGGUUCAUGAAAAACGGGUACGGGAGUAUAAAGGUCAUAAACAGUAUGAAGAAUUACUGGCGGAGGCAACCAAACAAGCCAGCAAUCACUCUGAGAAACAAAAGAUUCGGAAACCCCGACCUCAGAGAGAACGUGCUCAGUGGGAUAUUGGCAUUGCCCAUGCAGAGAAAGCAUUGAAAAUGACUCGAGAAGAAAGAAUAGAACAGUAUACUUUUAUCUAUAUUGAUAAACAGCCUGAAGAGGCUUUAUCCCAAACAAAAAAGAAUGUUGCCUCCAAAACUGAAGUUAAAAAAACUCGACGACCAAGAUCUGUGCUGAAUACUCAACCAGAACAGACCAAUGCAGGGGAGGUGGCCUCCUCACUCUCAAGUACUGAAAUUCGGAGACAUAGCCAGAGGCGGCACACAAGUGUGGAAGAGGAAGAGCCACCUCCUGUUAAAAUAGCCUGGAAAACUGCGGCAGCAAGGAAAUCCUUACCAGCUUCCAUUACGAUGCACAAAGGGAGCCUGGAUUUGCAGAAGUGUAACAUGUCUCCAGUUGUGAAAAUUGAACAAGUGUUUGCUCUUCAGAAUGCUACAGGGGAUGGGAAAUUUAUCGAUCAAUUUGUUUAUUCAACAAAGGGAAUUGGUAACAAAACAGAAAUAAGUGUCAGGGGGCAAGACAGGCUUAUAAUUUCUACACCAAACCAGAGAAAUGAAAAGCCAGCGCAGAGUAUAUCAUCUCCUGAAGCAACAUCUGGUUCUACAGGCUCAGUAGAAAAGAAGCAACAGAGAAGAUCAAUUAGAACUCGUUCUGAAUCAGAGAAAUCCACUGAGGUCGUGCCAAAGAAGAAGAUCAAAAAGGAGCAGGUUGAAACAGUUCCUCAGGCUACAGUGAAGACUGGAUUACAGAAAGGUGCCAGCGAGAUUUCAGAUUCCUGUAAACCUCUAAAGAAAAGGAGUCGCGCCUCAACUGACGUAGAAAUGACUAGUUCAGCAUACAGAGACACAUCUGACUCCGAUUCUAGAGGACUGAGUGACCUGCAGGUAGGCUUUGGAAAGCAAGUAGAUAGCCCUUCAGCUACUGCAGAUGCAGACAUUUCUGAUGUGCAGUCCAUGGAUUCAAGUUUGUCAAGAAGAGGCACUGGAAUGAGUAAGAAGGACACUGUAUGUCAGAUUUGUGAAAGCUCUGGCGACUCUCUGAUUGCUUGUGAGGGAGAGUGCUGCAGACACUUUCACCUGGAGUGCCUGGGACUGACAUCACUCCCUGAUAGCAGGUUCAUCUGCAUGGAAUGUAAAACCGGGCAGCACCCAUGUUUUUCAUGUAAAGUGUCUGGUAAAGAUGUGAAGCGUUGUUCUGUUGGUGCUUGUGGAAAAUUUUAUCAUGAAGCCUGUGUCCGCAAAUUCCCCACUGCCAUCUUUGAAUCAAAAGGAUUCCGCUGUCCUCAGCACUGCUGCUCUGCCUGCUCUAUGGAGAAAGACAUCCACAAAGCAAGUAAAGGCCGCAUGAUGAGAUGUUUGAGAUGUCCAGUUGCCUAUCACACUGGAGAUGCUUGCAUUGCGGCUGGAAGCAUGUUAGUAUCCUCCUACAUUCUCAUCUGUAGUAAUCAUUCCAAACGGAGCAGUAAUUCUUCUUCUGCUGUAAAUGUAGGCUUUUGUUUCGUUUGUGCUAGAGGGCUGAUAGUUCAGGACCAUUCAGACCCCAUGUUCAGUUCAUAUGCCUAUAAGUCCCACUACCUACUGAAUGAAUCAAAUCGUGCUGAGUUGAUGAAAUUACCUAUGAUUCCUUCUUCGUCAGCUUCCAAAAAGAAAUGUGAGAAAGUUAUUAAGACUGUUUAUUUGUUUCAAGGUGGAAGAUUGCUCUGCUGUGAAUCGUGCCCAGCUUCCUUCCACCCGGAAUGCCUGAGCAUAGAAAUGCCAGAAGGCUGCUGGAAUUGUAAUGACUGUAAAGCUGGCAAGAAACUACAUUACAAGCAGAUUGUUUGGGUCAAAUUGGGAAAUUACAGAUGGUGGCCAGCAGAGAUCUGCAACCCCAGGUCUGUGCCACUAAACAUCCAGGGCCUUAAACAUGACUUGGGGGAUUUCCCUGUGUUCUUCUUCGGUUCUCAUGACUACUACUGGGUACACCAGGGCAGAGUGUUCCCUUAUGUUGAAGGAGACAAAAGCUUUGCUGAGGGGCAGACUAGUAUUAACAAGACCUUCAAAAAAGCACUGGAAGAAGCUGCAAAACGUUUCCAGGAAUUGAAAGCACAAAGAGAAAGUAAAGAAGCCCUAGAGAUUGAAAAAAACUCAAGAAAACCCCCUCCCUACAAACACAUCAAAGCUAACAAAGUAAUAGGAAAGGUGCAAAUCCAGGUUGCUGACCUGUCAGAGAUUCCCCGCUGUAACUGCAAGCCAGCUGAUGAAAAUCCUUGUGGCUUGGAAUCAGAGUGUCUGAACAGAAUGUUGCAGUAUGAAUGCCACCCGCAGGUGUGCCCAGCUGGAGAUCGUUGUCAGAACCAGUGCUUUACAAAGAGGCUGUACCCUGAUGCAGAGAUCAUCAAAACAGAGCGGAGAGGCUGGGGCCUCAGGACCAAAAGGAGCAUUAAGAAGGGUGAAUUUGUAAAUGAAUACGUCGGUGAAUUAAUUGAUGAAGAAGAAUGCAGAUUGCGAAUCAAGCGAGCCCACGAGAACAGUGUAACUAAUUUUUAUAUGUUAACUGUUACCAAGGACCGUAUAAUUGAUGCCGGCCCAAAAGGAAAUUAUUCUCGCUUCAUGAACCACAGUUGUAAUCCUAACUGUGAAACACAAAAGUGGACAGUGAACGGAGAUGUUCGAGUCGGACUGUUUGCUCUCUGUGAUAUUCCUGCAGGGAUGGAGUUAACAUUUAAUUAUAACCUAGAUUGUCUGGGCAACGGCAGAACGGCGUGCCACUGCGGGGCAGAUAACUGCAGUGGAUUUCUAGGAGUGCGGCCAAAGUCGGCAUGUGCGUCAACAACUGAAGAGAAGGCAAAAAAUGCUAAGUUAAAGCAGAAGAGACGAAAGAUCAAAACAGAACCAAAGCAGAUGCAUGAAGAUUACUGUUUUCAAUGUGGAGAUGGUGGAGAGCUGGUCAUGUGUGACAAAAAAGACUGUCCCAAAGCAUACCACCUCCUAUGCCUUAACCUGACUCAGCCACCAUAUGGAAAAUGGGAGUGUCCGUGGCAUCAGUGCGAUGAGUGCAGCAGUGCAGCUGUUUCCUUCUGUGAGUUCUGUCCACAUUCAUUUUGUAAAGAUCAUGAAAAGGGGGCCCUGGUUCCCUCCGCACUGGAAGGCCGCCUCUGCUGCUCGGAACACGACCCCAUGUCUCCUGUGUCACCAGAAUACUGGAGCAAGAUAAAAUGUAAAUGGGAAUCACAAGAUCAUGGAGAAGAAGUAAAAGAAUAAAUGUGUGGUGUCCCCUCCUUUCUAUUUCAGUGAAAAAAGCAAAUAGAUGAUGCAUAUAAAAAGAAGAGACUGCGGCAGUGCAUACAGCCUUUGCCAUCGGAACUGCCUUACUAAAGCAAAAUUGGGAAACCAGUUCAUGCAGGCAGAAGCAGUUGGUGGUGUCUGGUUUUGUUUUGUUUGGGUUGGUUUAGGGAUUCUUUUGUGGAGGGUUAAAUUCCCUUGGUCUUUUCUUGCCUUUUAUUGUGCUUCAAUGCCAUUGCAGCUUGAAAAAGAAAAGCUUUUGCUUUUAAAAUAAGAACAAAGAGGAAAGAAAGUUUUGCUAAUGAGAUAAAUUUAAAGUCUAAAAUGUGUUCCUUGGUUGUAUAAAGCAAAAGUAGCCAUCAUUGCUUUAUUUAUUUUCAUUUUUAGAAAUUUCAAGAAGUGUAGUUCAAUAGUCUAAUCAAGUGUAUGUGUGUGUUUUAAGUAGGAAUCUGAGAAAGCCCUCUAGGAAAGGGUAUGAUAAGCUUUAUAUACCUCUACUAAGCAGUAGGUAGACUCACUUCUCUUUCCCUUCAAAAUGCUUUCCACAGGCUUAGAGAAGAGCUCUAUGGAAGCAGGAAAUCUGGCCUCUUGAAAACAAUGCCUCGGUGGAUUUUACCUCUGUGGUCUUAAAUGAGGUGGGCUUUGUGCUAUGGUAACUUUACGUAGAAAGAUAUAUAGUGUGUUUUUUUGGAGGAAGGAAAAAGAGGAAUGUAUGUGCUCACUGAUUUUUGAAACAUUUUCCAUUGACAUAGAUGGUUUGGGUUUGGAUGAAGUGCGUUUCUGUGGAUCUGAGGCAUAGUUGGAAUGGUCACUCCUAUUUUCCUGACACUGAUAAAGGCAGCUAAAGGGGGAUGAAGGCACAAACCAAAAGUUGGAUCAUAUAAGCACCAUUUUCUGUCCAGUUUUAAUGCAGACCCUGGUCUAAACUGGAGAGAAGCACAGGCAUUUUAUUUUUUGUCUCUGUUUUCCUCUCCUAAUCAAACAUUUCUUUCGCCAGCUGACCAUUCAGUCAUGUUUCCUGGUAAAACCACACAAGUGAGUUUGAAUUGUAUUUGAAUAGAUCUUUUUGGUUGAGUUCCUAAUUUGGGGGGUGAAAGUAGUAGGGGCUUCCCCACGUUACAUAUAAAUAAUUUCUAUUAUCCAGUACUUAACAUUGCUCCCAUUGUGGGGAAGAACUACUUCUACAGGAUACAUAAGAGCCUCACAAACACACUUCAUCUUAGGAAGCACUUGGAGAAAAUGCCCAAGAAAGUCAGUGUUAGCAAAAAUAGUUGACGGUGACGCUUGACUCUUAAAGACGCAAGUAUACCAAGAUGUCUGCUCAUGAAACUCACUUGCUUUUAAUGCUUAGGAAUAUAUAUAUUUCAGUAUUCCUUGUAUGAAAUAAUUAGUAAUGUCAGACAUUGUUGUAACACUGUACUAAGUAGAAGUCUAGGGUUAGCUUGAAUGAACGUUAACUUUCUCUGUGAAUUUUGACUGCUUAACAAUUGCUGGUACCUGGUAGCAUUUAUUUUCCCUUGAGUACCUAGUAACCUUAUGAAGGUGGCGAGGGUAGGUGCUCUACCAUAUUCCUUCAGCUGUACUGAGUAUUCUAUUUGCUUAUCAACUUAGAGCUCUUCUAUGGAAAGAGGGAAAAAAGCUGUUUUGUGCCUCUUUUUUUGUAUGUAAAUGUGCAAUUAUACUGGAUUUUCUCUUGUAAAAAACAACAACACUACAUUCUUUUACUGAAGCUCCUAAACUGCCAUUUGCCUAACUCCAGCAAUUAAUUCUGCGGUGACUCACUGGGCAUCCAAUACUUCUGUUGAUUAGAUAUGGUCCCAAAAGAAAGAGCAAAAUGGAAAAUGCAAUCUAUGUCACCAAA